AUGACAGCCAUAUCGGCAUCCUCCCCACCGAGAGUGAAGCUCCGGCAAGGUGCAUACGUCGGCAAGACGCGGCCCUCUAGCACAGACUACCCCAAGCCGCUAGCCGAGUUUCUUGGCGUGCCCUUCGCGCAGAGUACGGCGGGAGAGAACCGCUUUCGGCCUCCCCAGCCACUGCCGGCAGCCUCUCCAGGAGACGCAGCAGGCGUGGCUGCCGUCGAGUUUGGACAACAAUGCCCGGGGGUACUGCUACCUCCCGAGGGCGUCCAGACCGGCGAGGAUUGCCUCAACGCCAACAUCUACGUGCCGGUGAACAGGACUAGAAACGGCGCCCGGGAUCGUCUACUCCCCGUCAUCAUCUACGUGCACGGCGGUGCGUUCAACAUGGGGCUGGGAGCAGAGCGUAACAUGGCCAGCUUCGUGUCGUGUGCCGCCGAGGAUGUCGUCGGCGUGAGCUUCAACUACAGGGUUGGCCCGCUGGGCUUCUUGCCAUCCGUAGCUGCUGCCAAGGAGGGUGUGCUGAACCUGGGCUUGAUGGAUCAGCAGAUGUUGUUCGCUUGGGUCCAGGAAAACAUUGCCGAGUUCGGCGGCGACGCUGGAAAUGUAACGGUUAUGGGUCUCAGUGCUGGUGCUCAUUCGAUUGGCCAUCAUCUCAUCUACUACGCUACCACGGCAGCGUCGGCACCAACCCCCUUCCACAAAGCGAUCCUCGAGUCCGGCGGCCCGCUUGCGCGUUCCGUCUUGACGCCCACACACCAACGGCACGUUGAUCAGUUACGCGACUUUCUCGCCGCUCUCGACAUCCAAAACAUGCCAGAGGCAGACAUCCUGCCGACUCUGCGCAGCCUACCCGUCCAUGACAUCCACUCGGCAGCCCUCAACGUCUGGGUGAAGUACUGUAGGAGCGUAUGCUGGCCCUUCCAGCCCACCAUCGACGGCGUAACCAUUCCAGACAUGCCCAUCUCCAGUCUCCGGCGCGGCCAAGUCCUCAAGAUCCCGAUCCUGACGGGGUACAACACGCACGAGGGCGCCAGUUUCGUCCCCGCCGCGACCGACACGGACCUCGAGUUCCGGGCCUUCUUCAAGACGCUCAUCCCGGGCGCCAGCGAUGCCGAGGACCUCGACCCCCUCGCGCUCGUAGCCUACCCGGACCCGACCACCAACCACGCCGCGGCGCAGCUCUACCACCCCGUGCCCAGGGGUCACGGACGGCAGUGGGCGCGCAUCGAGGCCGCGUACGCGCACUACGCCUACGUGUGCCCCGUGCUGCAGUUCGCCGACAUGCUGUCCGCCGCCACCACGGACAGCGUCUACGUCUACCACUUUGCGCCGCUGUCGCCCCCGCUCGCCACGGCCAACCACGCCGACAACACCCCGUUCGCCGCCCACGACGCCACCCUGCUCGGGCCCACGAUAUUCAACGAGGCCGACAGGACCCGCGGGGACGGGCAACAGAAGCAGCCCGCGGCCCCAUACCCGGGCCUCAUGGCCAUAUCGGACGCCAUGCACGGCGCGUACGUGCGCUUCAUUGCCUCUCGCGAUGGGGACCCCAACGCGGGAGCUGCAGUCGGGAGCAUUUUUUGGCCACCGUUUGAGUCGCCGUCCGCGGGAAGGAGCGCCGCCACUGCCGGUCAGCUCCUCGUCUUUGGUCAAGGGAACGACGAACGGCUGGGGCCUGCCGGUACAGGCAGCAGAGGGAUUGCUGCCAUGGUGCAGAGCAUUUCCGGGCGAGAGCUCGAACUGUGCAGGUUCUGGUGGGACCGGGUUGAGCUGAGUCAGGGACUGGGCCAGAGGUUACCUGUCAGGGCCGCAACGAGCAAGUCUCGCUUGUGA